CUUACAUUAGUGGGCAUAUAAAAGGCAGGCAAAUCGUUAUGAUUUUUUAUUAUUUAAAAUCAUUCUUAUAAGGAAAUAGAAUGAAGAUACUUUCGGUAUUAUUUUUGGCCGUUUUCGUGGCACAAACCUGGAGUUAUUCUGUAACAGGACCUUUAAAGAAGGGACAAGAAUGUUUGAUGUGUGCUCAGAAGUAUAAACCUGUUUGUGGAGUUAAUGGCGAUGGAAUUAGAAGAACUUUUGGAAGCCACUGUGAAUUGGCCCAGUGGAAUUGCCUCGCAGGAACAGAUUAUAAACACAUCAGUCAUGGAGUUUGUCCAGAAUCUGUCAAAUCUCGUGUACUGAAGGGAACAUGUACCAUUGUUUGUCCAGAUAGCAGCCACCCUUCUUGUCAAUGUCUAAAUUGAUUCAGAGGACAUUUUUGAAAAUGAUUACAACGCAGAACAAUAUUAUUGUGGAAACAUUAACAAAGAUUGUUUAAUUUCUAUUACUCGUGGAAUUUACAAUAUUUAAUAAACACUUAUUAUUUUGAA